GAGCGAGUACGUUGCGCCUUUAAGGAGUCAAGCCAAGCCCACUGCCGAGAGCGAGAGUGCGCAGGUGCGGGGAUCUGGGACUGGAGGGCGGCGAACCGGCAGCAGGACCGCGGUCACUGAGCCUCUGCAGGUGUCAACAAGGCUCAAGGAGCAGGAUGGAUCUCGAUGUGGUUAACAUGUUUGUGAUUGCGGGUGGGACCCUGGCCAUUCCGAUCCUGGCAUUUGUUGCGUCUUUCCUCCUGUGGCCUUCAGCUCUGAUAAGAAUCUAUUAUUGGUACUGGCGGAGGACACUGGGCAUGCAAGUUCGCUACGCACACCAUGAGGACUAUCAGUUCUGUUACUCCUUCCGGGGCAGGCCAGGACACAAGCCAUCCAUCCUUAUGCUCCAUGGAUUCUCCGCACACAAGGACAUGUGGCUCAGCGUGGUCAAGUUCCUUCCAAAGAGCCUGCACUUGGUCUGUGUGGACAUGCCUGGACAUGAAGGUACCACCCGCUCCUCCCUGGACGACCUGUCCAUAGCGGGCCAAGUUAAAAGGAUACAUCAGUUUGUAGAAUGCCUUAAGCUGAACAAAAAGCCCUUUCACCUUAUAGGCACCUCCAUGGGUGGCCACGUGGCCGGAGUAUAUGCCGCUUACUACCCAUCUGAUGUCUGCAGCCUGUCUCUCGUGUGUCCUGCUGGCCUGCAGUAUUCAACUGACAAUCCUUUUGUACAACGGCUCAAAGAGCUGGAGGAGUCGGCUGCCAUUCAGAAGAUUCCCUUGAUCCCAUCCACCCCGGAAGAGAUGAGUGAGAUGCUGCAGCUCUGCUCCUACGUCCGCUUCAAGGUGCCCCAGCAGAUCCUUCAAGGUCUUGUUGAUGUUCGCAUCCCUCAUAACAGCUUCUACCGGAAAUUGUUUUUGGAGAUUGUCAACGAGAAAUCCAGAUACUCUCUGCAUGAGAAUAUGGACAAGAUCAAGGUCCCGACACAGAUCAUUUGGGGGAAACAAGACCAGGUGCUUGAUGUGUCCGGGGCAGACAUAUUAGCCAAGUCAAUCUCUAACUCCCAGGUAGAGGUUCUGGAAAACUGUGGCCAUUCAGUAGUGAUGGAGAGACCGAGGAAGACAGCCAAGCUCAUUGUCGACUUUUUAGCUUCUGUGCAUAACACAGACAACAAGAAGCUGAACUGAGGCUGUUGCCGCAGCCUGCAUUGUGCACACAGCAUCUGCUCCCAUCCCCAAAACCGUCACUGUAACCACUCUCAGGGAUCCUGCCCCAAAUGCUGUCUGAGCACCCACAGCCCUGAGGAAGCCAGUUGCCUAUCCCAGUAUCCUUGGUUCCACAGAGCAUCAGGGGCCACAAGAAACUCUCCAGGAUCCUUUUUUUCGAAAUAGAAACCUAAAUGGAACAAACAAACAAAUAAACAAAAAAUAAAAAAUAUCUAGCCAUGAAGCCUACCAGAAGUCUUCAAGUUCAUGUCACUGAGAAGCCAGUGCUAAGCAGCCACCCUGGACCACGAGCACCACGGACACUUUCUUUAAGACAUUCCUCAUACAUUAAACGUCAUCUAUUUUUGUUGUUGUUGUUGCUUCCGAUGUAUCCUCUGCAUGGUCAGUGGCUUCUUCUAGAGGAGCUUUAGUCAUUUACUGAAAACUCUUGUUUAGAGCUAAGUCAAGUUUUACAUAUAGGCCAUGUGUGAAUGCAGCUGCCGGUUAACCGCAAGACCAGGGAAGAAACAGCGAACUGUGGAAGAGGUUUCUGCCUCGAGGCCUGAUACACAGGAGGCUGAGGCAGAAGGAUCCAAGGUCAAGGCCUGACAGACAGGUACAGAGUGAGUUCAAGGCCAGCCUGAGCUACUGACUGAAAAGAGAAAAUGUUUCUACCUUUUUUUAGUGUAGAAAUCUACAUGGGGGUGGGGGUGGGGCAUUGUUCCACCUCAGUCAGCCCUAAGAAUUGACUGAGCAGGAGAACAUACAGACUGAUGGGUUUGGGCACCCACAGAUCAGAUGCAUCUGACCAACCACAGACGAACACCUGACUGGGAAGCUUCUCUAGGGAUGAUUUACAACUUUAGAAAUAGGACUAAUAAAGCAAUAAUGUGCUAGACUUCUGUCUAAUCAGACUAAGGGUCACACCAAGCAGCUCAUGGGCAUCUUUUCUAUUCUGCUGUUCUACUGAAAACCCUUGGAAGUAAAAUACCAGUUUGUUAAUGAAUUCUGUGAAUUCAGUGAACAAUAGUGUGAUUGAAAAAAAAAAAACAAUAGUCCAAACAGCUGUAAAACAGACCACAAUAAUGUGAAAUAAAUUUACUAAGUCUAGGCUGGCAA